ACCAGUGUAGGGAUAAAUGAUGGAGGGGUAAAUGAGGGUGGAGAGUACGUACGUACCUUGUCGGAAUUCGAAAGACUGUAAUAAGCCAGUACUUUUUGUCCCAAGGAAAUAUAUCGUUGAUAUUCGAGCUUAAUCUUAUUUCGUUAGAUUCCUCACAUAGCGCCGAAAAACUGUUUGCCAGCGAGAAACUAUUUCCGUUGCUUCAAUGUUUUGAUAGCUUGCUCGAAUUUAGCUGGCUAACUAGCAUUUGCUAGCUCUUGCCGAAUGGCUACUAGUAGGGCUUGCAUUGCUGAGGUGAUCAUUUGCUAGCUAGCCAGUCUAGCCAAAAUGGGAAUGGAAGGAACCGGACAGCUCGCUGUCUAACUUAACUACCUAUCCAGUGACUAGCCAUCGCAUCAACAACAGCACGCUUUUUAAACGAAAGUUUAAUGUGUUUUUAAUGGUGUUUUGGUUUAUAACGCAAUAGAAGACGGGAUUAAGGUGGAGUCGUUUUCCCUGACUUUCUCAACCAUGCACGCUGUCAUUCUGACAGCCACCGCGGCUAAAAUUCCAUGAACCUUCUUCUGGUUUUGUCGGGAUGUUUUUAAAGGCAUGCCAAACCGUGUGGAACUGCUACGAACUGCCUUUUGUAAUCUAUUGGUGAAAUGUUAACAGUGUUUGUAAGCAGUCUGAAUCCGUGUGGAUAUAUUUGAAUAUCAACGUUAAGUGGGGACUCAGCCAAAGAAAGCAUAAAUCCAGGACGGCAUAGGUAGCUUUACAUAAAAAACUAUCCGCUCCUAAAGAAACAUGGCCUCGGUUUGGAAAAGAUUACAACGUGUGGGGAAGCAUGCGUCCAAAUUCCAAUUCGUGGCUUCCUAUCAAGAACUCAUGGUGGAAUGCACAAAGAAAUGGCAACCAGACAAGCUAGUGGUGGUAUGGACGCGGAGGAGUCGGAGGAAAUCUUCCAAGUCUCACAGUUGGCAGCCAGGUAUCAAGAACCCGUACAGAGGAGUAGUGGUGUGGCCCGUACCAGAGAACAUAGAAAUCACCGUCACGCUGUUUAAGGACCCUCAUGCAGAAGAGUUUGAAGACAAGGAAUGGACAUUUGUCAUAGAGAAUGAGUCUCCGUCGGGCCGGCGGAAAGCGCUGGCGACCAGCAGCAUCAACAUGAAGCAGUACGCCAGCCCCAUGCCCACGCAGACGGACGUCAAGCUCAAGUUCAAGCCCCUGUCCAAGAAGGUGGUGUCGGCCACGCUGCAGUUCUCCCUGUCCUGCAUCUUCCUCCGCGAGGGCAAGGCCACUGAUGAGGACAUGCAGAGCUUGGCCAGCCUGAUGAGCAUGAAACAAGCCGACAUUGGCAACCUGGACGACUUUGAAGAGGAGAACGACGAGGACGAGGAGAACCGGGUCAACCAGGAGGAGAAGGCCGCCAAGAUCACAGAGAUUGUAAACCAGUUGAAUGCCCUCAGCUGCUUUCAUGGGGAGUUCGAUGACGGCCCAAAGCGAGCACAUAAAGCGCCCGCUAAAUCUGCCGCUUCCUCCGAAGAGCUAAUUAGCAAGUUGAACUUCCUGGAGGACGAGGAUCAGGACACGCCCUCUGCCAUGAGCACCAAUCCCUUCGAAGAACCCGAGGAUGACCCUCACGAGCCCAACCAUCUCAACCCUUUUGGGGACCCUGAUGACGAAGACCCCCCCAGCCAGCCCACUCCUAAACCCAGAGAGGAGGACAAAUCUUACUACGACGAAGACCUAUCCAACCCUUUCAAUGACCCAGACGAGCCUGACACGUGCACCCCACCACUCACACAAUCGGGGAACCCCUUUGAGGAGCCGGACCAGGACCCCCAGCCAGAGCCGGAGCCCCCCAAACCCAGACAGAGGAAGGGGGUCCGGCCGGUGGACAUGAGCAAGUACCUCUACGCCGACAUGUCACGGAACGAUGAGGACGAGCUGGACGAGUCCAACCCGUUCUACGAGCCGAGGACCUCCAGCCCAGUCCUGCCCUCUGUCGGUGGUCCCUCCCCUUCCCAGGAGGCAGGGGGGAACCAGAAGAGACGAGCCCCCCUGCCACCCAGCCUUAGCCCUGGGGCCCCAGCCCCCAAACCCAGGACGGGGGCAGCAGACAGGCAGAGAGCCCAGCCUGGAGGGCCCAUCCCGGUGGCAGCCCUGGUAGGGAGGGAGCUGGCCUCCUCCUCCCCCAAGGUAAGAGGAUAUCCAAGAAGGGAUUACCUGGUGGGAACUAUGUCCACGAAAAUUUUAUUUUUUUACUCUUUGGGGUACUUUGAGAUUACUGGGUGGCCCUUACAUUAUCUCCCUUUCACCCCUAAAAUUCCAUCUCCCUCGACCAUUCUGGUUGGGAACCACUGUCCUAGAGGGUCAUGGUUUAAGUUAAGAGUCCUGUGGGUUCAAGUUAAGGGUUCAGAUGCGGGUUCUAAGAACGGAUAUCGUGAACCAGUGGUGAAACUGGUGAGGCAGUAUUGGACAGCCCUGCCCCACUCCCUUAAUCCAUCGAUCCAACUUGCUUUAAAUUCCCACAGAGAUAUGAAGUUGGCAAAAGUCUUUUUGAAACAUUUUAAAAGGUGUUUCUCUCCAAAGAACAAGGUGAAGAGGCAGAGGUCGGUGCCCGAGGAUCUGAGGAGAGCAGCAGAGGACAGGGGCGUGCUGAUGGACGUGGACGUGCGCCGCCCAACGGAAGAUGAAAAGGCGUUCAAAGACACCAGUCAGUAUGUGGUCGGGGAGCUGGCCGCGCUGGAGAGCGAGCAGAGGCACAUAGACGCGCGUGCGGCUCGCGUGGAGAAGAGGCUGCGCUAUCUCAUGGACACAGGGAACAACAAGGAGGAGGAGGAGGCCACGAUGCAGGAGUGGUUCAUGCUGGUCAACAAGAAGAAUGCUCUCAUCAGACGACAGAACCAACUGUCUCUGCUGGAGAAAGAGCACGAUCUGGAGAGGCGCUUUGAGCUGCUGAACCGCGAGCUGCGGGCCAUGCUGGCCAUAGAGGACUGGCAGAAGACGGAGGCCCAGAAGCGUCGGGAGCAGCUGCUGCUGGAUGAGCUGGUCAUACUGGUGAACAAACGAGACGCUCUGGUCAGAGACCUGGACGCCCAGGAGAAACAGGCAGAGGAGGAGGACGAACACCUGGAGAGGACUCUGGAGCAGAACAAGGGCAAGAUGGCCAAGAAAGAGGAGAAGUGUGUCCUGCAAUGAUUGGCAUUUCAACAAACAAUGUGGUUGAUAUUAGAAUUGUAUUAUUAUUUUCAUAAUUAUAGUUAUGAUUAACAUUAUUGUGAUUAUUACCACAGUAACUAUUUCAGAAACUUUAUUUUGAACCCUGAAAAUCCAGAUGUUAUUUUUGGUUUAGGGGUGUGAGAUUUACUGCUAAAUGUGGGCCUUGCACCAACAUUAUACUGACCUGAAAAUGUGCUCCACUUGCAGCAUAUGUUCUGUUUAAGUUGUUUUGUUUUGCAAGCAAGGUACUUCUAUGUAAUAUAAAUAAUGUGAUAUACAGCGUAGUGCAAACCGCAGAUUCCAGUAACUAUGUUCUGAUUCUGGCAACAACUAAAAAAAGACAAUUAUGUUGCAUAAUUUUAACCAGAGAUGUUUAUAACAGAAACAGAGUGUUUCAAUGUUAAGGAAAGAUUUGUUUGAAAUGGUUUGAGGUACAGCACAAGUUGUUUUAUCUGGGAUUGUUUUUUUUUUUAUGUUGAAGAGGAUAUUGAGUGACAUUUCAACCCAACUACAAAAAGAGGAAAAACAGUUAUCAAGAUGUUAUCAGUCUUUUCAAGCUAUGUUCAUUACUUGACUAUGUAUCUUUUAAUUACUUCACGCAAAUGUUUUAUGCAACUUGUAAAAAAAUCUUAAGAGGGGAACAUAGAGCCAUUCAAAAAUCUUAACUUUGUUUUACUUAUUAUUUGUUGCGUGAAUGCGGUUUACCAAACAUUUCAGAGCUGGCUCAGCAAAUAGGGGGCGGGAGUAAUAAGGACGGGAGGCGGGGUUGUGUAUAUUUUCAUCACUGCUCUGAGGAAUAGCUUACAAUCCCUCUUUUCCGGGAUCCAUGCAGUUGAAAACAAAUAUUAUUUAUUACCGUUUGUCAGUACUUUAGUGAAUACCAUCAGAUUCAUGUGCAGUCAUUCAAGGACUUUGUUAAUAUUUAUUGUAUUCUAAAGAAGUAAAAUAUGCUUCAUGUCCACAGCUGUUCCACAUUCAGUGCAAAUGUCUUUACCUGUGAACAUUUAUCUGUUUAUUUAUUCCACUAUCAUAACACAAGUCUUCAAUAAAGUCCUUUUGUGCUUUCAUACUCCA